AUGGCCUCCGACGACGAAGUCCCGCUCCUCAAGCGCAUGGAAUUCAUGACUGAUGACACCCCUGUGAUCUCCAAAGAAACCACGCGCGAAAUGGCGCUACUGGAGCGCGAGUUCGUGGAGGCGGAGGUUCAGGCGCUUCGCGCCUCCGUUCCGAUCUUCCGGCCCCUCUACACCCGGCGCAACGCCCUCAUAACCAGCAAGCUCUCCGAGGCCGAAUUCUGGCCACGAGUCUUCUCCAACCUCGAGGAGUACGUCCUCCCUUCCGACGAAAUAAUCAUCGACCAGUGCCUUAAGAACUUCACCGUCGAGCGCUUCAGCGUCAACGAUGCCGGCGAUGCCGGCGAACCCCGUAACGUCCGCUUUACAUUUGAGUUCGACACCAGCCCGGAGCAGAAUCCCUGGUUUGGCGGCGAUGGCAAAUUCGUCAAGGAUUUUUACUGGCGGAAGAGCAUUGGCGCUUCGGAGAAGAGUGGGAGGAGGUCGGUGUGGGAGGGCCUAGUGUCGCAGCCUGUGAGGAUUCCAUGGAGGAAGGCCGAGAUGGAUCCUACCAAGGGACUUUUGGAUGCGGCGUGUGACCUUGCGGAAGCGGAGGAGAAGGUGGCCGGCGGAAAGGGGAAGAAAGUUACUCCAGAACAGAGGUUGGAGUUACCCGAGUAUGAGAAGGUGGUGAAGGAGGUGGCGAAGGCGGAGGCCAUGGCGGGCUUGCAUGCUGAGGAUGAGGAGGAUGAGGAUGAGGAUGGCGACGAUGAUGACGAUAACGACGAUGAGGACCAGCCUACCAUGAGCUUCUUUGCGUGGUUUGGGUAUCGGGGACGGGAUAUCUCGGCUGAGGAGUCGGAGGAGGCUGUGAAGGCAGAUGAGGAGUAUUGGGGGAAGAUUUCCCGCGGAGAGAAGGUUGAUGGUGACGAAGGGAAAGACGGUGAGGAUGCUGAUGAUGUGAGCGAGGAGGGGGAUGAUGAUGAUGGCGGCGAUGAGGAUGGGCUUAUGGAUGCUGAGAUAUUCCCUGAUGGCCAUGAGCUUGCUAUGGCACUCAGCGAAGACAUCUGGGAGAAUGCGUUUAAGUAUUACGUACAAUCACUUCAGAUGGGAGAUGGCAUCGAUUCGGGGUUUGAUUUCGACAUGGAUGGGAUGGAAGACGAUGAAGACGAUGAUGACGAUGAUGACGAUGACGAGGAGGAAGCUGAUAGACCUCGCAAAAAGGUCAAGACCUGA